CACAGGAUAGUUAUUUAAAAUAUUUUGAUAUUUGUCCGGUUUGUGUGGAUAUUUAUUUGAACCUGAGGAAAUAUUCCCUUAGUUCAUGUGUUUGUAUAUUUGUGUGGAACCUUAGAAUAUUCUCGGCUUGGGCAAACAAUAAUAGUUUUAUUUUUUAGUGUUUAGUGAUUAGGGUUUUAGAGUUUAGAGUUUUGGGUUUAAGGUUUAGGGUUAGGGUACAAAUAGAAGAUAUUAGUUGGUGUGUUGUGGAUACUUGUCUUUCCUAGUUGUAAUACUUUUUACUAACCACAAGAUAUUUAUUUAAAAUAAUUCGAUAUUUGUCCGGGUUGUGUGGAUAUUUAUUUGAACCUGAGGAAAUAUUCCCUUAGUUUAUGUGUUUGGAUAUUUGUGUGGAACCGUAGAAUAUACUCGGCAUGGCCAAACAAUAAUAAUUUUAUUUUUUAGUGUUUAGUGAUUAGGGUUUUAGAGUUUAGAGUUUUGGAUUUAGGGUUUAGGAUUUAGGGUUAGGGUACAAAUAGAAGAUAUUAGUUGGGUGUUGUGGAUACUUGUCUUUCCUAGUUGUAAUAAUUUUUACUAACCACAAGAUAUUUAUUUAAAAUAAUUUGAUAUUUGUCCAGGUUGUGUGGAUAUUUAUUUGAACCUGAGGAAAUAUUCACUUAGUUCAUGUGUUUGGAUAUUUGUGUGGAACCUUUGAAUAUUCUCGGCUUGGGCAAACAAUAAUAGUUUUAUUUUUUAUUGUUUAGUGAUUAGGGUUUUAGAGUUUAGAGUUUAGGGUUUAUGGUUAGGGUACAAAUGUAAGAUAUUAGUUAGUGUGUUGUGAAUACUUGUCUUUCCUAGUGUUAAUACUUUUUACCGACCGCAUGAUAUUUAUUUAAAAUAUUUUGAUAUUUGUCCGAGUUGUGUGGAUAUUUAUUGGAACCUGAGGAAAUAUUCCUUUAGUUCAUGUGUUUGGAUAUUUGUGUGGAACCUUUGAAUAUUCUCGGCUUGGGCAAACUAUAAUAGUUUUAUUUUUUAGUGUUUAAUGAUUAGGGUUUAGAGUUUAGAGUUUAUGUGUUUGGAUAUUUGUGUGGAUAUUAGAUAUUAUUUUUGCAAUGAAUGGAUAUUAGAAGGGUGUCUAUGUGGACAAGUAUGACAAGGUUUGUGGCUUUUACAUGGAUUGGUUUGUGUCGAUGUUCCUUGAUGUCAUUGUUGAGUUGUUUUUCAUUUCCAGUUCAGAGUCGUUGAAUUUAUACCAUCAGAAAUUGAUUAAACCAAUUUAGUGUUUAGAGCUUAGGGUUAGUGUGAGACGGUGAGAUAUUAGACUGGGUAGUAUGGAUAUUUGUAAUGGAGAACAGAUAUUAGUGCGACAGCCGGAUAUUAGUUUGAGUGGAAUGAAUAUUUGUUUUGUGGAGAUGUGUUUUCGACGAGCAAAUAAUAUUCAAGAAUAAAAAACUCGAAUUCUUAAUAAAAAGAGUCGUUUGAUAGACAAAUCGCGAUAAAACUAGUAUUUAAUGUCAUUACAACUUGGCAAUCUAAGAAUUUCAAAUCCGAAAAAGCACAACCACAUAAGAAAUGAGAAGGCAAUACGACUCCAUUGCCGCAUUUGGAUCAUGCUCUCAACCAUUGACUCCAUUGCCGCAAGCUACAUAUGUUGUAAAAUAUUUAGUUUACUAUAUGCAACCAUGUCACUUAAGAAGCAAAGACAACAUCUAUGUACCUGAUUUAGGUCAAGGUUGUCAAAAUCUUUGUUUUCCCAGCAUGAUGCGUCUGGAUUGAGCCAGUGAUGUGUCUCCACCUUCCCUUCUCUUGGAGGAGCUGGCAUCGAACGCCUUUUGGAUUUUGUCAUCUUGGACAAUUCCUGAAAAUAGCUAAUAUCAUUGAACUAAUAUCCAUACAGGGCAUACGAAUAUCCAGACCUAGCAUACAAAUAUCUAUGCAUCACAUAACCAAUAUCCUGACAAUCAACCACCAUACCAUAUCCACAUUAAACUAAAUGGUAUCCCAUGUCAGCUAAACAAUUUUCCAGGUAAAAAAAAUAUCAAAUUAACGAGCAAAAUCCAGAAACAAUUCCUGAACAGAGCUAAUAUCAUUGAACUAAUAUCCAUAAAGGGCAUAAAAAUAUCCAGACCUAGCAUACAAAUAUCUAUGCAUCACAUAACCAAUAUCCGGACAAUCAACCACCAAACAAUAUUCACAUUAAACUAAAUGGUAUCCCAUGCCAGCUAAACAAUUUUCCGGGUAAAAAGUAUCAAAUUUACGAGCAAAAUCCAGAAACCCCAAACAAUAUCGACAUAAAAAAACGAAUCCCCCAAAUCAAAAGAAAUCCAAAUCGAAAGAAAUCCCAGCCACAAAAAAAUCUCAGAUCCCCUAAAUCGAAAGAAAUCCAAAUCCCCCAAAUCAAAAGAAUCCAGAUCCCCCAAAUCGAAUCUCAAAUCCCCCGACAAGAAUCCCAGAUCCCUAACAAUGAAUCUCAGAUCCAAAAAACGAAGCAAAAAAAAAAAACUCAGAUCCAGUCGAAUCUAUGAAACCCUAAAUCAAAUAUAUGUAAUCCAGCCACAGAAAAUCCCAGAUCCCCCAAAUCGAAAGAAAUCCAAAUCCCCCAAAUCAAAAGAAUCCCAGAUCCCCCAAAUCGAAUCUCAAAUCCCCCGACAAGAAUCCCAGAUUCCUAACAAUGAAUCUCAGAUCCAAAAAACGAAGCAAAAAAAAAUACUCAGAUCCAGUGAAACCCUAGAUCAAAUAUAUGUAAUCCAGCCACAGAAAAUACCAGAUCCCCCAAAUCGAAAGAAAUCAAAAUCCCCCAAAUCAAAAGAAUCCCAGAUCCCCCAAAUCGAAUCUCAAAUCCACUGACAAGAAUCCCAGAUCCCUAACAAUGAAUCUCAUAUCCAAAACACCUACAUCAAAGGAAGAUGCUUACCUCAAAAACUUUCUUCUCUUCGCAACUGGUGUAGUCGUCUUCCUCGCGCUACUGGCGUCGAUGUCUUCCUUCUUGCUCGGCCGACUUCGUCUUUCUUCAAGCACCGCUACCGGCAUUGCCAAGCACCGCUACCGGCGUUGCCAAGCACCGUCGUCUUCUUCCUGCCCGUAGCCCUCGUCGCUGGCGUCGUGUUUCUCACACCCAUCGUUGUCAAGAGGUAUUUUGAAUUAUUUGGGAGAGAGAGAGAGGAAGAAGAAGAAGAACAGAAGAGAGCAGUCGACAUUUUUGGAGAGUGGGAGAGAAAGGAAAAUGAAAUGAUGGAGAGAGAAAAGAAAAUUAAACAUAAAUGAAAAGGUUGGGUUUUUUUGAAUUGUAAAAAAAAAGGAAGAGGCUUGGUUCAGCCGAGCCACAAGCUGCUCUUCUCCCCCUCCACCAUCCGAUCGCGACUCGCCUACGUGGCCUCAAAUCCGACCGUGUUAGUAUAUACUAACAGCUUAUGCUAUUAGCAGGAUAACCAUAUUGGAGGUUAAGAUGUUUUGGCUCGAAGAUCAUUUAGUACUGUUUCAAUUUUCCUCAGUAGCGGUGUGUAGAUGGGGUUUUGAAGGAGGUCUGUGGUACUAUAAAGACAUUAUCGUCUGUUUGCGACGAUGGCUACCGGGGAUUCAGGCGCUGAAGUUUGAUAAUUUUGCAAUUCUGGUUUGGAUUAAGUUGUCUGGCUUACCAACAGAACAUUCUUUCCAAGAGGAUCUAGGGAGGGUUGCAAGUUUGAUUGAAACCUCUUUGCAUGGAUCUACCGACGAAGCAUGGCACAAGAUUGGGGUAUGCAAGCAUAUGUGCCGAGGUUAGUGCACAAGCAAAAAUAAUUGAUCGGAUUAGUAUCUUGCCUAAUGGUAAGGAGGAAAUGUUUAUUGGAAAGACGAGUGGAAGAGAAGAAUGCUCAGAAAAUACAAGAGAAGUGACUCGUUCUAACUACAACAUCUCAACCGACGGCCAAGUAUAAUUGUCGACUUGGUGUAGCAUAGGGCAAGCAAGCAAUAAGAAUUUAUCGUACCACGGGGAUCUAGACUUACCCUACUUUAGGUUUAGGGUUCGUUAUCUAGUCAAUCCUAGGGUAGUUAUUAAUAACACUAAGCUAACUAACCUAGACUAACCACUAACCUAGCUAUUUAUAAGGUCUGGAGCUCUCUUGGGUUAAAUCCCCCUAUUUCCGACCUUUGGAUCAAUGUUGAGUAUCCUCCUAGUUUGAUCGACUCAAAUACUCUACCGUUUGGAGAAGGACUCCCUCGGGAAUGACCCGGAACGGCAAAUCGGUGGAUGGGUAGGUGCUCUAUUCAACCUAGAGUUUCGUAUAAUGCUAGGAGACCGCACAAAUCAACUCCCUCGGGGACUACCCGGACAAUUUACGAUAGGAGUGACCCGAAGACGCCAAAAAGGGGGCUCUAAGGGGAUUAUCUCCCUCCUAGGUCAAAAUCUCAAUAAAUGAAAAUGGAAACCCAACUCAUGUCACUAAUGACAACAUCCAUCAAUUAAGUACAAUCAUCAAUCAAACAAGGAAUUUGUCACAUACAUCAACAUUAAACCCAAUUUUAAACCUAGGCUUCUUAAACCCAAGAGAAGAGGGUGAGUUUCUAGAGAGAGAGAGAGAGGGAGAUAGGAGAGAUUACAAAGAAACCUCUUCUUCUUUUUCUUCUUCUUCUUCUAGGCUUGAUUCCUUGCUUCCAAACUUGAUUAAUGCCUUCAAUUAAGGUCCAAGAUCACUCUCUCUUUCAAUAGAACUCCCCUUUGGUAUUUUUGGCGAAACCCUAGAGAGGGAAUCAAAUUUCUCUCCAAAAACCAUCUCUCCUUUCUUCUUCCUUCUUUUCCUCGUGUAACUGCAUCACCCUUAAGCUUAUGUUCAUGUUGUAAUAGAUCAUCAGCUAUUGUGGAUGCAUUAGGCAACGCUUUAUACAUUAGCAGUUGAGUCUUCACAAUAUCAUAAGCUUGAUUUAAUCCCUUAAGAAAACGGAUCAAACAAUUAGUCUUCUACUUCUGAACAAAAGCAGCAACAACAACAACACAUGGAAUGGGAUUCCCAGGUGCACAAGGCACAGUUGGAUUAUACUCCACAUUCUCAUCCCAUAAACCUUUCACUGUAGU